AUGGCUAGUGCUGCUUACGAUCAAAUUGAAAUUGAAGAUAUGGUUUUCCAUCCAGAAACCCAACUAUUCACAUACCCAUGCCCUUGUGGGGACCGUUUUGAAGUUUUUAUCGAUGAUCUGUUUGAUGGGGAAACUCGUGCUGUAUGCCCCAGUUGUUCUCUUGAAAUCGAUGUUAUAUUCGAACAAGAAGAUCUAGCCGAAUAUUAUGAAGAGGCUGGCGUACAACCUCCUGAGCCAUUAGCUAUUGCUACUUAA